AUGUCUUUCCACCCCCAGACCCCCCAAAGUCCCUCGCAGUUCUCGCCCGCAACCUCUUCGGAUCCCUCACUCGGUUCGUCCGGCUCUGUGGCCGUCGCGGGAUCAGGAACGACGACCUUGCCCACGCCUGCGCACAGCGUCAACGGCAGCUACUCGCACCCCGACUCCAUCAUGCUCGACGACUCGCCGCACAAGCGAAAGCGGCCGCUCGAGGAUGUCGGCGACGACCGUGAGCUGAAAAAGGCGCACGUCGAUGACGACAAGCCCGCCCUCGAGGACUUGCACCUGGACGUGGGCUCGAAAUAUCUCCUUCUGCAAUCUCCGCAUCCCGAGUCUCUUCCUAGGACGUCGGAGGAUCUCUACGAGAUGUUUGACUUGACCGGCUUGGCCGCCGAAGUCGCCAGAGAGAAGCCAAACGGCGAGAAGAACGCGCUCCGCAAGACGUACAAGGGCCACAUCAAGCGGCUGGGCGUCGCUGGACACUUUGACGUCCAGAAGAAGAAGGAGGAUUCGCCCUCGGAUUUCCUGGCCAUGCUGCAGGUUCCCGACCACGAAUGGAACGUCCACCAGGUCAAGGGCCGCAACCUCAUGGAUGGCUUGUCCGAGAUGACCAAGGCGUCCCUGAGCCGCGCCCUGACCAUGGCCAAGGGCCCAAUCGCGAAAUCGGUUUGGGACACGUCGGUGCUGGGGGACGUUGGCUCUAAUGGUGAUAGUUCAAAGGCACCGUCCGCGAAACCGACGGCGCCCAACACGCCUCUGAUAUCCAUGCCUGGGGCUGCCAUGAACCGCCCCAAGGCUCCGUUGUUGCCCGGCCAAAGCCCCGCACGGCCUCAACGGAGCAUCAAGAAACGGUCAUAUGGAGACAGCAGCUACGAGGGAUACGGUGAAGGCUUUCCCGAUGAUGAUACAGGCCUAGAAACAGGCUAUUCUACGGGCGAAGGCGAAGGGGGCCAGAAGCGUCGCAAGAAGGCAACCACACCGCCUUACCCCAGCGCUAUGCGCCAAUCCAGCUAUGGGCCUGGAAUGGUUGGAGUAUGA